GAGUGUCGGACGCUCGGCUUUACAGUCGCCGACUUUAGUAUUCUUCGUUUAUUUUCUUUUCUAUUCGUUUAAUUUGUCGCUCAGACUAUCAAAACUAAAGUGUAAAGUUUCGUCGUUGAGUGAUUUUUUGAUGUUAAGCUGCUUAGCAUUAUUUUAUUUUGACAGUGUCACGUGUGGAAUUGAAUUAUUACCGGAGUUUACAAGUGUUUAUAACGUAUACGGCCUUCAUUUGCCGCAGGUAGAGCCGGCGAGUCGUCAAAAAAGUGUGUUUACAUUGUUGAAGUUUCCAGUAUUUCUGGACUUGUUGUAAGAACCUAGUUAAAGUGAUAACUAGGUGAUAAAGUUCGUACUAACAAAAGGAUCACACGGAUUGGUUCCAAUAGGAUUCUGCUCAGAAACUUUGAAAGUGUUUUUAGUGUCUUGAAGUGUUUGUAACUUACAACAUAACCUUAUUUGAAAGAGGCGCGUGUUUCACGGACAUGCGCAGUAGGGUCCUCAAAAAUUAUUAAUAAGUGGCUCGUAAUUUUAUAAACAAACUUGUGUCGUGUGGUUAAGUGCCGGCUUUUAGUGCAUUAUUAAUACGAAAUUCCCAAGUGUAUUCAAUACAAAUAAAGAAUACGGUGUUCAGUUAAUUUCUUAGUUUUUUUGGAUUCAAAUUAAGUUAAACGUUCUCCUGUGGGAUUUCGGUGUUUUUACUGCGCGCGCACGGUUGUCUUCUUCUAAGGUUGGCGCAGCUAUGAUGUCCUGUCCCCUGCCCUUGCCGCUUCUGCCGGCCCUUCACCCUCAGCCCGCUCUGGCGUCUGACUUCCCCAUCCACAUUGGAAUUAAGGGCCCGCUAUUAUCCUGAACUACGUACGAAGACAGUUAUAUAGACUUUUAAAAGAGCGGUGUGUUAGACCAUAAGUGACUUAAAUAUCGCUUGGCGUUAAGAACGGGUUUGGCGUCCGCACCUAGUGGCUUCUAGGACCGUCGCAUUACGUGAAAUGGUCAAGGUGAGUGAAUCUUCACUACUUGAGUGCAGCAACGGGCGCUACACAGCGUCCGAAACGAGAGGCUCCGACGAGCUUCUUUCGCAGAGUGGCGUCACCGUCAUGGCGCCCGCCGCUCCACAUCAUGCUGACAAUAACAACCAAGAUUCAGCAGCCAAAAAGGUGAAACUGGAGCAAAAUGUUGGCAAACCGUCGCGGGUUAUCCACAUAAGGAACAUACCAAACGAGACUACGGAAGCUGAGAUCAUACAGCUUGGUCUGCCCUUCGGGCGGGUCACCAACGUGCUCGUUCUCAAAGGAAAAAAUCAGGCGUUCCUGGAGAUGGCGGAGGAGAUAUCGGCUGUGGCAAUGGUAGCUUACUUCGGUGGUUGUGUCGCUCAGCUGCGUGGGCGCGCCGUCUACGUCCAGUUUUCCAACCACAAGGAACUUAAAACUGACCAAACACACAGCAAUGCGUCGGCGUCAGCGCAGGCAGCGCUUCAGGCCGCACAGGCUAUUUCGAACAGUGCGGGCGCAGCGCUCGUAGCCGGCGCGGGCGCAGCGCUUCAACCUGCAAAUGGUGGCACUGAAAUACAGGUAAUGACUGGUGGGCCGAACACAGUGCUGCGCGUCAUCAUCGAGCACAUGCUGUAUCCGAUAGUGCUCGACGUGCUUUAUUCGAUCUUCCAGCGGUACGGGAAGGUGCUCAAGAUAGUAACAUUCACUAAAAAUAAUUCAUUUCAAGCCCUAAUCCAGUACCCAGACACCGGGUCAGCGCAAAUGGCGAAAACGGCACUCGACGGUCAGAACAUUUACAAUGGCUGCUGCACACUACGCAUCGAUUACUCAAAGAUGACAUGCCUCAACGUCAAAUAUAACAACGACAAGUCGAGGGACUACACCAAUCCCACGCUCCCAUCGGGUGACGGUGACGCCCACCAGCUGUUGACCAGUGAGUUGAUGCCUCAGCGGGCUCGCCUCGCCUUGGCCCUCGCAUCCAGGAUGAGUGGUGGAGUUUUGGCGCCUCCGUUUCUGGGACUUGGGUCAGGUCUGGCAUCACCGUACGGCGUCGGCGUUGGGGGAGUAGGCCUGCCCGCGUUCGGUGCACUCACACUGACGCCAGCUUCGCCUGCAUUGCGCGCGCUCGCCGCACCACCGCUGCCGCUGGCCACAGUUUUGCUCGUAUCUAACCUCAAUGAGGAGAUGGUCACGCCUGACGCUCUCUUUACCCUUUUCGGCGUGUAUGGUGACGUGCAACGCGUGAAGAUUCUGUACAACAAAAAAGAUUCAGCCCUAAUUCAAAUGGCGGAGCCUCACCAGGCUCAUCUAGCCAUGACACAUAUGGAUAAGCUGCGCGUAUUCGGAAAGGCUAUGCGCGUUAUGCUCAGCAAGCACCAAACGGUGCAGCUGCCAAAGGAAGGACAGCCUGACGCAGGCCUCACUAGGGACUAUUCCCAGAGCCCGUUACAUAGAUUCAAGAAGCCAGGUAGCAAAAACUACCAGAACAUUUACCCGCCGAGCGCCACAUUACAUCUCUCGAACAUUCCAGCCACGGUCACCGAAGACGAUAUCAAGGAUGCGUUCACCAAAAGAGGAUUCGCGAUCAAGGUCUUCAAAUUCUUCCCGAAGGACCGUAAGAUGGCGCUGGUCCAGCUGCCGUCCAUCGACGACGCGGUCGCGGCUCUCAUCAAGAUGCACAACUACCAGCUGUCCGAGUCCAAUCACCUGAGGGUCUCAUUCUCCAAAUCGAGUAUUUAAACGCAAUGACCAAUCGUCCGGAAUAUCACACAAGUCGCGUCCGCCUCGGGACCGACUCUACGUGCUCUCAGCCUUACCGUUCGUUGACGCGACAACAUCGUACCUCUCUCACGCAUCGAGACCCUUACUCGACUGAAAAUUAUAAUAUAAUUAAUCUGUAUUACGCUUACUCGGAUCAGUGUAGGACUUAAGUGCUAACUCUAUUUCCUUAGUGGAUACGUACUACUGUUACUAUACAUCAUAAAUUAAGGUGUUCAUCAUCAGGUAUCCCGACGGCAGCUAUUCGUUCAUUUUGAGGGUACUCUAUCAAUAGGCUCGAGAUAUUUUUUUUUAUAUUAUAUUUUGUGUGAUAUUCAUUCCGUAUUUUUGUAAUUCUAUAUAUAUUAUUUUUAUACAUAGUGUUAUCGUUUCCAGUGUUUUCGACGUAUCAUUUCAAACGAUUUAACAUAUUUAAACAGAUUGCAAUUAAAUUGCGCUAGUUAUUUGAAUUUUGGCAACUUUUCUAUCUAUAUUGUGAUGUUAAACAUCGCCUCGGUUGCUUUGUGGUUAUUAUUAUGACAGGAUUAUUUACGAUAAAUAUUAUUACAUUAUAUCGAUCACUGAAGCACAUUGUUGAAUAAAAAAAAAAAUGAAUUUCUUAAUCACUUAUAAUUUGCAGUUAUUAUAUUCUAAGAUUAUAUUUUAUAAAUAUAUUUUAUGCUCUAUUUUAAUCUGCACAAUUUAUUAUGGCAUUUUUUAAUAUAAUUGUAUUUUUUGUGCGCAUACACAUAUUCUAUACUUUUUUAUGGGAUGCUAAGUUUAGGGAUGUGUAUGUGUGUGCAAUAUUAGUUUUAGAGACGGUUAAGUGUAUUUUAAGUAUUAACAGUUGUCUUCACCAUCCGCUGCAUACUUCCAUUGCUGUUUCGUUGUUUAGGAAUAUAUUCCGUUCAUUGUUACAGUUAUAGUUACUUCUCGAUUAGAUACUGUAAUCACAGCCCUCACUAACCUAGUUGGUAUAUCAUCUCCAUAGUGUUAUGUGCAGUGACAUAUUAGUGACAUGAUGCAUUUAUUUUGAUGUUAAUUUAUAUUAAUGGUAGCUACAACAUACUAUAAAUGCUCGUGCAUAUUCACUAUGCAAAUUAUUAUAGAUAAUUAUUUAUUUCACUACGAUCGGGGAUUCCCCUGUACACUAUACAGUGUGGUCGAUGUUGAGUUUACGUAUUGUUAGAAUAAUUUUCAUUAAGUAUAAUAUUAAAUUUAAAAAAAAAACUAUUUGAAUGUUGCCACACUGUUUUCGUAACAGUCUUUGGGGUUUUGAAUAAGUGCUGGGAUCGCAUCGGCCCAUUCGUGACGAGAUGAACAUUUUACCUUCCACUACAAUUAACAAAACAGUAUUUUAGUGUAAUACUUCUUCGACGCUUUGUAUAUAACUCGAGUUGUGACGUAUUCACACUUUCACUCGAUUGGUUUUCACACAUCUUUGCCUUCUUAAAUUAAUGAAAAAAAAAAUAUGCGUCUAGUCCAAUGAAAAGAGAUUAAGUUGGUGGAUUAAGUAAAUUAACGUAAUAACAUUAAAAAUUCUUACACAAUAAACUCAGGUAGAGCGCUUUCUAGAGAUAUUAUUUAUUUAUUUUAAAGAUUUUUUUGGUCAAAGUCGGUGCCCGUUUAUGCUCUGACCGCUCGGACCACACUGUGUUCGUUUACACGUCCAGUCUAUGUGAUUAGGCAAAGCAUGCGUGAACCAGAUACCUGAAUUGUGACGAUUUAGUGAAAACUUUGCUAUUCGUAAUUUAAUGUACAUUAAAAUUUUAAUAGAAAAAAAAUCCUAAUUUAAGAUUCGAUAUGACAAAUGGAAUUUCAUACAUAUCUCUACACGCUGUCGGUUAGAUAUAUAGAGUUCCGAGCCGCAAGGUUUAUUGUAGAUUAUCUUAACCUUCCGUAACGGCCGGAGUCGCUUCGGCUCCGAGGUGCAAAGUUCCCGACAUAUCGCCUCGUACUCGAACGCUUAUCAUUUCCGUUCGACCGUAAAGUUGACAUUAGAGGUCACAUAUUUACACUAAUAUAAUGUAUAAUAUACAUCACGUACCGUUAAAAUAUAUAAAAAUAGAGCUUAGUAAGAUGGUUAAAUUAAAAAAAAAAAAAAACAUAGAUCGUCGUUUCGAUGUAAGGUUUUUAAUAUACAUGUUCUGUCAUACGAAUCGUAUUAAACGGUACGUGUCUUCGAUUUGAACGUGUAGUAGUUUGGUUUAAAUAAUGUUAGGCGACCAGGGUGUGGUGAUAUUUUGCACGUUUUUGAGAUGUUUUUCUAUAGGUUACAGGUAAACUGUGCCUGUGUUUUGAAACGAUACGCGACUAGCGUCGGUCUGGUCGAGAUGGAAACGGUAGUGAUCGCAAUUGAAUUAUAUUAUAACGUAUUUAUUAAAAAAAAAAAAUACUAAAUCACAAAAAGAGAUUACAUAUCCACUGUACUGUUAUAAAGCAGUGUUGAAGACUCGCUGCAUGCGGUGCUAUGCGACUUCUGUGCUAUGGAUGCGCGUGCGUCGCUUUUCUAUUAAUACUAUUUAUUAUGGGUGGUUAAAAAAAUCGUAACCAUCGAGAUAAGAUUAAUCGAUGUCAAAUUUCGUAAUAAUUUAAUGGUAAUGCUAUUAUUCAAUGUUUUUUUUUCUUAUAUACGGAACGUCUCUACAUGUUCCGAGCGACCCUCAAGUGUGACAAAGCGCGCUACACAUGCGUCCUACUCCCACGUUCGGCGAGUCUUUAAUACUUCUAUGCGAGGAACGCUACAUACCGUAUAUGGGUUUAUCGGUUUAGAGAUUAGUAAUGAAACUGUCGCUUGUGCUCAAUAAGUAGACGAUUGCGUGUCAGCGUGUGUGUAGCGUUUUGUGGCCUAAACCUUUCUCAUUAAAUAUCGGUAUCGACUAAUAGAUAAUUAUAGGAAUUUAUGUGUUUAGAGAAGUAUUUUAAAUAUAAUAGGAUAAUAUCGUAAUAUAAUUAAAAAAAAAAUUAAUAAAUCAGUGUUUAGAAAGAGAUGCCAAAUUAAAAGUCAAUACACAUUAUUUUAGGUAAAAUGUAAUUGAAUUAAUCCUAACAUUUAUUAAAAAGUUAAUGAAAAUGUUACAGUUGAAUUAUAUUUGAGAGUUUUAUUAAGCGCAAUAUAUGUAAUUUUAUUCAUUGUAAGCGAACAUUGUUUCAAUUUCUUAGUUAAAGUUAUGCGUUGAUAGGUAUGAAUGUUUCCUUCGAAUCUUAUUUCAUUCAUACAUUCGCGUCUUUUGAACGCUAGUGUUUACUAAGCAUUGCUUUAUUUCGUUAUGGCGUAGCCAGGGUAUGAAACCCAACAACCCCAAGUAAACGUGAUAAAAGAAAAACACAAAAAAAAAAAACUUUUUGAAUGUUUUAUUUGUCACAGAUAAAAACUAUAAAAUGAAUUUUGAUUAAUAAUUCAUUAAGAAAUGUGAAAUUAAAAAUGAAACUGUAAGUUAUGAGACUUUAACUGUACCCUGGCUAGGUCAAUGACAUCGUAUCCUAUUAUCCUUUGCAUGUCUCAAAACAUAUCCGCUCAUAUCAAAGAGUUUCCCUACACUUGUCCUUUAAUUGAAUUAUUUAAUAUUUUGUAAAUGUAUGGGCAAAUAUCUACAUAUCAGGGAUUAGAACGGCUAGCAGCUGUUGUCUCAUCAUCCAGGACCCAGUUGCUUUCGUUAUCUUUUAUUAUAUUACAAAUUAUUUUAUAUUUCAAUGUAAAUUUAAGUGUCUUAUUAUUUUUUUCCUUUAUAUUAGCGUUAAGCCUUGUGUGUGGUUAAUUUCAUUCUUAUUUUUAAUUUCAUAAUUAAACUUUUAUUAUCAUUGA